AGGCCCCGCCCCGGGCUCCACGCCCCGCCCCCCGACGGGGGGGCCCUGGGCCAGCCGAGCUCACUACUUGGCGGUGGUGGGAGCCGGGCGAGCGAAGAAGAGUCAUCAUGGCAGCGGCGUUCCGCAGAGGCUGCGGGGUCCUGAGAAGACUGUCUCGUGUUGACUGGCGAGGGCAACACACGAAAGCAUCUCCCAAGCAGGAGCCGGGAUCAGGGUUUAAUUUUGAGUUGACUGAGCAGCAGAAAGAAUUUCAAACAACCGCUCGAAAGUUUGCCAGAGAAGAAAUAAUCCCGGUCGCGGCAGAAUAUGACAGAACCGGUGAAUACCCGUUACCCCUAAUUAAAAGAGCCUGGGAACUUGGUUUGAUCAAUGCACACAUUCCAGAGAACUGUGGCGGUCUCGGACUGGGGACUUUCGAUGCUUGUUUAAUUACCGAAGAGUUGGCGUACGGGUGUACCGGGGUACAAACUGCCAUUGAAGCAAACUCUCUGGGGCAAAUGCCUGUGAUCCUCGCUGGAAACGACCAGCAAAAGAAGAAGUAUCUGGGGAGGAUGACAGAGCAGCCCCUGAUGUGUGCCUACUGUGUCACGGAGCCCUCGGCAGGCUCCGACGUGGCUGGAAUUAAGACCAGAGCAGAGAAGAAGGGUGAUGAGUACGUCAUCAACGGCCAGAAGAUGUGGAUAACCAACGGGGGGAAGGCAAACUGGUAUUUCUUAUUGGCACGUUCUGACCCAGAUCCCAAAGUGCCUCCCAGUAAAGCCUUUACUGGAUUCAUUGUGGACGCUGACACCCCAGGAAUACAUAUUGGGAAAAAGGAACUAAACAUGGGCCAGCGAUGCUCCGAUACAAGAGGAAUUACCUUUGAAGACGUCAGAGUGCCUAAGGAAAAUGUCUUAAUUGCUGAAGGAGCUGGCUUCAAGAUUGCAAUGGGGGCUUUUGACAGAACCAGACCUUCAGUUGCAGCUGGUGCUGUCGGGCUAGCCCAGAGAGCUCUGGACGAAGCUACAAAGUAUGCCCUGGAGAGGAAAACAUUUGGGAAGCUGCUAGUAGAGCACCAAGCAGUUUCAUUUCUGCUCGCAGAAAUGGCGAUGAAGGUUGAACUCGCUAGACUCAGCUACCAGAGAGCAGCGUGGGAGGUUGACUCUGGCCGCCGGAAUACAUACUACGCCUCCAUUGCAAAGGCUUUCGCUGGAGAUAUUGCCAAUCAGUUAGCUACUGAUGCCGUGCAGAUUUUUGGAGGCUACGGCUUCAACACAGAAUACCCUGUGGAAAAACUGAUGAGGGACGCCAAGAUCUAUCAGAUUUAUGAAGGUACUGCACAAAUUCAGAGGCUGAUCAUAGCCCGUGAGCACAUUGGAAAGUUUAAAAAGUAAAGGAAGUUGCUGCUGAAGAGACGCUUCAUCCUCGUGCGAAUAAAUCUCAAGGCACUGUUUAUGCUUAAGAGAAAAAGAAGGGCUUUAUCAUCUUUCAAGAAAAUAAAAUAAAAGAUGAAUAACA